GUCUUGAUUGCGUUACAGUUAACUGUGUCGAACGAAUUAGAAUGUGUCCGAGCUACAACAGAGUGACUUGUCGCGCACAGCGCUUACAUUGCUUGUGUAUCCCUUUCCAAUUGAUAGAAUGACUCUUAGGUUGAAAAGAAUGCCGAUAAAAAUGAAUGCUUGAAAAAAUGCAGAUUUACAAAUCAAAAAGCUAUUGUAUUGCAAUCCGUCAGUUUGAAUAUUUGACAGUCACAAUAUGUUGUGCGAGUUUUUGUGUGUGUGUGUUUCGUCUUGUGUUGUUGUUUUUUAGAACCCAAUGGUGUUUUGUACUAAUGCGGUCGAACUGUCAAAGCGACUGAGCAACAUUGGAUGUGAGCAACUCUGUCGUUCGCUCUGUCAGUAGCUCAGUGCCGUUGUUGAAUGAAGGAAUAGGCAAAAACAAGUGAGAAUUGAGCAACACAACGAAAUAAGAAAAAAAUUCGACUGUUGUUUACAUGGAUGAGUCAAGUGCAGUGAAGAGAAUAUACUGAUAUCAAGAUGUAGCGAAGUAAAAAAAAUCUAUAAUGAUCACCGCAAGUUGUUCCAGUAAUUGACCUCAUAAUACAAUAAGCCCGUUGUGUUAAAAAAAACACUACACUCGUGCUCGCUGCUAUGACUAUCAACUGUGCAGCGAUAAAACCUUUGAUGUCAUUUUAUCGCAUUUAAUUUCGUGUGGCAAUCGAUGUAGAGACUUAAACGUAAAUUGAUUUGCAAUGCCACAAAAAGGUUCGGUCGCUAUUUUAGCAUCUCAUCUAAUCACUCCGUUUGUGGAUCCGCUCUACUCCGUGUUGUAUAUUAUACGCGACAUACAAAAUGGGCACACAAUUUGUGGAAAAGUGUAAAAAUUGGAAGCAUAUUAAGUGGAGAACAAAGUGUUAUCAAACUCGAAUGAAAAAAAUUCAUUGAACCGAAAGAGAAGAGUUUAAAUUAAAAUAUUGAUAAAGUUAAAAGGAAAAAAAAAAUAAAACCAAUCUAAAAUUCGAACAUUAUUUGACAAUUAAAACCACAACAACAAUACAAAAAAAAUUUUUUUGAAUGUUCAUGCCUACAACCAAGUGAUAGAUGCAAAUGACAAUAAAUAAUCGAUGAAAUUGAAAUUAACGAACAAGAGAAUAGCAUCAGUUUAAUUAGAAAGCAAAACACGUCUGCAGCACAAAAUUCAAAUGAACUUUAAAUCAAUGCUUAGAAAUCCCCAUUAAUUAAUUAAUUAAUUAGUCAAAGGAAUUAGUUGUGAAAUUUUAAUGUAAUAAACAGUAAGUGCAACAUUAAAAGUGCCAUAUCAUAGUCAAGUACUAUCUAAUAUCAGUACAAAACAACAGCAACAACAGCCACAGAAAGAGGCAAAGAAUAGAAGAUUGUUAGCGGCAUCCCGAGAGAAGCGCGGAAGAUAAACAAAAUAAAAACGUAUAGAAAAGAAAAAGAGCGCAGAGAAUAAGUAUCAAUAAUGAACGCAGCGAAAAAAACGAAAAUGCAGCUUGACAAUGGCAGCACAGAAACUGGUUAUGUACGCAUCGCUUGGCACCAUCAACAUCAUACAAUUGGAUAUGCCGUGAAACUGAGGAAUGCUCUGAAAACAUGGUGCUUUCAAAUCAUCAAGAAUGUUAACGCCAAACACUGUGUGAGCGCUCUGAUUCUACUCACACUUGGCACCAUCAUUUACUACACACACUACGUGGAUAAUUCCCCGUUUAUUGGCCUAAUGCACCAUGAUACUCGACCGUCGCCACUGGUGAGGUGUAGCAUGAACAACGGGAAAACCGAUGAUAUCGAAGCGUCCAAAGAGCCAGACCAUCGAUCUGAUGCCAGAUUACGAAUCGAUCCAAAAGUGCUGGUCAUCGUCGAAACCACUUAUUCGCGCCUCGGCCGAGACAUUGCCGAGUUACUUGUUUAUAAUCGGAUAAAAUAUAAGAUUGAAGUGGCGGGCAAAAAUUUACCAGUGUUAACGAAUUCGGAUAAAGGUCGUUAUGCGGUCAUCGUGUUUGAAAAUUUGGAUAAAUACCUGCACAUGGAUAACUGGAAUCGAGAACUGAUCGAUAAAUAUUGUCGUGAAUAUUCCGUGGGAAUUAUUGGUUUUGUUGUGUCGAGCGAAGAGACAUUGGUCGGCGCACAACUGCGCAAUUUCCCAUUAUAUGUUCAUACGAAUUUACGAUUACGUGAUGCCAGUUUGAAUCCAGCAUCACCAAUACUGCGGUUAACGCGUGCUGGUGACACGGCAUGGGGUCCAUUGCCUGGUUCCGAUUGGGCCGUUUUCCAACACAAUCAUUCGACGUACGAACCAUUGGAAUGGGCACAAAAAAACAUUCUAGACUAUCCCACGAACGAUGAACAAGUGCAACCACCGUUGCCAACUGUUGUUCAAGAUCAUGGCCAUUUUGAUAAUAUUCAACGGGUUUUAUUUGGCAAUGGCUUGAAAUUCUGGUUGCAUCGCUUGCUAUUCCUCGACAGUUUAUCGUUUUUGAGCCAUGGGCAGCUGAGCUUAAGUUUGAAUCGCAUGAUUUUGGUUGAUAUUGAUGAUAUAUUUGUCGGUGAGAAGGGUACACGAUUACAACCGGACGAUGUACAGGCAUUGAUUGCCACGCAACAGCGCAUCGAAAGCAUUGUUCCGGGUUUUAAAUUUAAUUUAGGAUUUUCGGGAAAAUAUUUCCAUCAUGGCAAUCGUGAUGAGAAUUUGGGCGACGAUAUGCUACUCCGUAAUGUUCAGCAUUUCAAUUGGUUUUCACACAUGUGGAACCACCAGCAGCCGCAUUUGUAUGACAAUUUAACCACAUUGAUAUCGGAAAUGCAGCUAAACAAAGAAUUUGCACGGUCCAAAGGAAUACCAACCAAUUCGGGAUAUUCCGUGUCGCCACAUCACUCGGGCGUUUAUCCAGCACACGAUUUGCUCUAUGUUGCGUGGAAAAAGGUGUGGAACAUAAAAGUGACAUCGACCGAGGAGUAUCCACAUUUGCGGCCAGCACGAUUGCGACGUGGUUUUAUCCAUCGCAAUAUAAUGGUGUUGCCGCGUCAAACAUGCGGCCUAUUCACACAUACCAUGCACAUUGAUCGAUACCCUGGUGGUCGAGACAAACUCGACGAAUCCAUUCAAGGUGGCGAACUAUUCCAAACAAUUGUCUUCAAUCCCAUCAACAUUUUCAUGACACACAUGUCAAACUAUGGUAGCGAUCGCCUGGCCCUGUACACAUUUGAAUCGGUGAUCAAAUUCCUAAAAUGUUGGACAAACAUUAAAUUGAGCUCAGCACCACCGCUACAGUUGGCCGAAACGUAUUUUAAAUUGCAUCCAGAUGAAAUCGAUCCGGUGUGGGGAAAUCCGUGUGAUGAUCCAAGACAUAUCAAGAUAUGGUCAAAGAAUAAGGGAUGCGAAUCGCUACCAAAAUUUUUAGUGAUAGGACCUCAAAAGACUGGGACAACGGCACUAUACACAUUUUUAAAUAUGCACCCGAAUAUUGUAAGCAAUUUACCCAACGCCGACACAUUCGAAGAGAUUCAAUUCUUCAACAAAAACAAUUAUUAUCGCGGUCUCGAUUGGUACAUGAACUUCUUUCCGACGCCCAGCAAUGCCAGCGAUAAAAUGAUGUUCGAGAAAUCCGCCAAUUAUUUUGACGGCGAUCUCGUGCCGAAACGUGUUCAUACGAUGUUGCCGCACGCAAAAAUCAUCUCGAUUCUGAUAUCGCCGGCGAAACGCGCUUACUCCUGGUAUCAGCAUACAAGAGCGCAUGGAGACUUAAUAGCGAAUAAUUAUAGUUUUUAUCAGAUAAUAACGGCUAGUGAUACAGCGCCAAAAUCAUUGAAAGAUCUUCGAAAUCGGUGUUUGAAUCCGGGCAAAUAUGCGCAGCAUAUCGAAAAAUGGCUCACAUACUAUCCAGCCCAGCAAAUUCACAUAAUUGAUGGUGAAAUGCUAAAACUAAAUCCAAUUGAUGUGAUGACCGAUGUGCAGCGAUUCCUCAAGGUGUCUCCCAUCGUUGAUUACUCGAAUUUACUUCGAUUUGAUGUAAAAAAGGGCUUCUUCUGUCAAAUCGUUGAUGGUAACCAUACAAAAUGUCUGGGAAAAUCCAAAGGCAAACAAUAUCCACCGAUGGAAGAGCGUAGUUUCAAAUUGCUUCAAAGAUAUUAUUUAAACCACAACAUAGCAUUGGUGAAAUUAUUGAAGAAAUUGGGAUCAAGGCCAAUUCCACAGUGGUUGAAAAGCGAUUUGAGCAACAAACCGUAGCAGUGAAAUUAUUGUGAAUAUUAAUUAAACAAAGAACAGAAGAAAAAAAAUUGUAAAUGUGUUUUUAUGGUGCUGGUCAGCGUUUGCCGAGAGCACUAACCAAUUCUCAUUAAUUAAGAAAGAAAAAGGCAGCUAAGAAAACGAAAUGGAAUUAAUGGGGAAAGUCUUUAUUGUACACAAGUGAUGAACAUAACAAUAUUAUAUUAUUACAAAUUUUGUCGAUUGAUGUUAAUGGUGUGUGACAUGUUGGAGUACAAAGCAGAAAUUUAACAAAAAAAAAACAACGUAUGUCAAUGUAUUUCCAAAUUUCAAGCCCAUUUCGAACGAUUAGCAAACAAAAUUUCAAACAAUUGUCAAAAAUUAAUUAAUUUAAAAGAAAAUCCAACCAAACUUGUAAAUACAGAAAAUUAUAUUUGUAAAGAGUGAUUUACAAAUUAGUCAUAAAAUUAUGGUUCGCACUGAGUUUGCGAACGUCGAUGCAUUUGGGCAUUCGAAGUACUCUCGAACUCAAUAUACAAAGAAAACGAAAAAUUGAUUCAUUCAAGGCCCAAACAUUUAAAUUUUACCGUUAAUUUACUCAAGUACGACGAAUUGUUGUUGAUUUCAACGAAUAAAAAGAUGAAAAAAAUAUAUAGUCAAGUGAACCUA